CUGCUCCUCCUCCUCCUCCUCCUCAUCAUCAUCAUCAUCAUCAUCAUCUCACUGGGGCGCAUCUGCAGGCUGCAUGAGCAGAGCGAUAUGAGUUUACACGGAUACACUGAAACUUAGCUUUUCUCCUCCGCUCACUGGAUAUCCUUCAAAUUGAAAUGAAGGAUAUCUAAGUGAGAGACAAGUGACAACCCCGGGCUCAUUUGAAAUAUUUGCUUUGUCACAUUCAGUCUCCUUUAGUUGAGUUCAUAAUGGGAUUACGCAUAUUUGGCACGCCGUUUUACGCAUAUGCGUGCGUCUAUUUAUUUGUUUUCAUCCUGCAAGCUGCCCAGUCUCAGAGAAAUCCGGGGACACAAGAAGAAAAUAAUCAAAGAGCGGCUCUGCGGAGUACACUACAGUGGUCCCACAACGGCAAGAUUUUUAGCAUUUUCAGCCAGGGUUCGGAGUAUCAGCGGCCGAGGCGGAGGGGCGCACCUCGGGAGCAAGUGCAGGCGCGAACAGUCACCAUCAUCCGAGAUGCGGACGUAAGACAUCCGGACACCCAGAACCAGUCGGUGGUCCAGCAGCAGCAGCAUCAACAACAACAACAGCAACAGUCUCCCCGGCCGGUGUCCAAUCCGCACGGCCAACGCGGACUACCGCCUCCGCUCCAGAGGCUCCUAAGAGGGGACCAGCGCCGCGAGCAUCACAGCGACCGGCCCGGUGAGCGCCCGGGGACACAGAGGAGCAGCAGAGCCAAUGAAACCCAGGAGCAGAAGCUCACAGUCAGCCCAUCUCUGGUCAGGAGAGAUGAUGUGAUGGUCGGUGACGAUCCCUACGACCCUUACAAGUCCAUCGAUGGCGAUAAUCCAUAUUACAAUUACUAUGACGUUUACGAGAGACCCAGGCCGAGAUCGAGACCCGGAUAUGGCACAAGUUACCACCAGUACGGUCUUCCUGAUCUUGUACCUGACCCAUACUACAUUCAAGCCUCUGCUUAUGCCCAGAGAGUCCCGAUGUAUAACCUGAGAUGUGCAGCUGAGGAAAACUGUUUGUCAAGCUCAGCCUACAGAUCCAGUGUUAGAGACUAUGACACCCGUAUGCUGCUGAGGUUCCCUCAGAGAGUCAAGAAUCAGGGGACAGCCGACUUCCUCCCCAGCAGGCCACGCUACUCCUGGGAGUGGCACAGCUGUCACCAGCACUACCACAGCAUGGAUGAGUUCAGCCACUACGACCUGCUGGAUGCCACCACUCAAAGGUCGGUGGCUGAGGGCCACAAGGCCAGCUUCUGCUUGGAGGACACUUCUUGUGACUAUGGAUACUACAGGCGGUAUGCCUGCACCUCACAUACCCAGGGCCUGAGCCCAGGAUGUUAUGAUACCUACAACGCAGACAUCGACUGCCAGUGGAUUGACAUCACAGAUGUGAAACCUGGAAACUAUAUCCUCAAGAUUAGUGUAAAUCCGUACUAUCAGGUCCCAGAAACAGACUUCAGCAACAACCAUGUGCGCUGUGAUGUUCGCUACACUGGCAACUAUGCCUACGUGUCAGGUUGCCACAUGUCAUCGUAUUAAGAGAUGACGGUCAUUCACAGCCGUUCAGCUGUAAAUGGCAAUGAAGAGGACUGCAUAUGAAAACAUAAAAGGCAACAUAAAAUAAAAGUUGUAAGACUUGCAUUCAUUUUAUAAUUUAAAAUACUAUCACUUUAGUAGGAAUCAUCUGACGUCAUACUGCCAGAUAAUGUUGAAUUCUUCUUUGCUUGUGUGAGUAGUUUUUUCCUCCUUACUGAAACGUAUACUCUUUUCUUAGCUUUUCUUUGAGGUUUUUUUGUUCAUCUUCCUUCCUUCAAUUGCAUUGUACUGUAUGCUUGCAUUUCAUGCCACUUGUAAGAUAGUUAAGAGAAUAAAAUCCAUGUGAUUUAGAAGCCUGAAACAGCUAAAUACACAGGUAAGCCAGCUUGCUUUCAUUGUUAAGUCAUUAUCAAUUAUAUCACAGUUUUAAAAUGAACCACUUGUUUAAAGGAAAAUGUAUUUGUUAUAUUUAUAUGCAACGGAAGAAACUCUCUUUACUCCAAAGCUUUUGAUGAAACUUGAAUAAAACUUUGUGAUAUUGUA